AUGAUAGGGAAAAUGGCGGACGAGAAAGAAUUUGAUGAAAAGGCUGGUAAUAGCGAUUCGGACGAAGAAGACGAAGACGAAGACGAAGAAGAAAAUGUCAACGGAAGAAACAAUGAAGAGGAAGAUGAGUCGGAGUUCGAUGAUCCAGAAGACUUUGUUGAUGAUAUUACCGACGAAGGUUAGUUCUUGUUCAACACGUUUUAAGCCUCGAGGUCUGAAUCAUCGCUUUUCACCGGUAUUGACUGUAUUUAAGUCAACUAGGUAGCUGAAAGGAAAGAUAGAGAGUUGUAAAGUUUAAAAUAGUUCUUUGUUUCUCCCGUUUCUUAACUUAAGUCUACCUCGUGGUUAUAAAAAUGUUAAUUAAGAAGUCCAGCGGCCGGCCUUAUUAAAGCUUAUUAAUUCUUUUUACAGCUUUGUAGUUAGGAAUACAAAAGGACUGAGAUAGGCCUUCAGUGGAAGCCUUAUCUCAGUGGUUCCUGAUAGCGCUUUCCCUUUAUUUGCCGUAGUUUAAUACCAAGAAAUAUAAUGUGAGUUCCCCUAUUGUCCAUUGCACAGAGUAGCUGGUACAUUUCAGUAUUUAUACAUGUAGCUUUUAAAGGUGAUUUUUAUAUGUAAUGAUUUUUCUUGUGUUCCCUUUGUGCCAACCCCUUUCUCGAAAUGGAAUGAAAGUUUCAUUACUCUUGAAAACUGUGAGGCACAUUUUAUUUACAAAACUGACUUAAAUACACAUGUACAACGUAGUUAAAGUCCAGACAUAUGCUUUGUUCUCCUGUAUAUGGAAACUAAUGCUAAAGGAACUGAAAACAUUUUUGUUAUUCUGAGCUAAUUUUCCUCUUCGUUUUCACAACAGUUUGUGUAUUUUGUAAUUUAAACUAACUUACAAAGGAGAGUAUACCUUUGUAAAUGUAACAAACUUUCUUUUUAUCAUUUUCUCUUUCGUUUUUUCUCUUCUCUUCUUUUCUUUUCUUUACUGUUUUGAAAAAAUUAAUCCAAAUUUUCAUUCAGUACCCCUAACUUGCAUGGUUUACCCUAUAGUUCCAGGAAGCCUAUUGUUUAUAAGCUCCCGGCUUCUAUAUAAGCUUCCUUGGUUGCCAUUACCACUUUAAACAUUUGAUCUAGUAAAUAAUUUAGUUAGAAUAUUGUAUAUUAUCUUUAAUGUAUUAUAAAUCUCUGUAUAUUGUAGUGGUGUUCCUGGUUAAUGGCAAAAAUGAAUGAAUGAAUGAAUGAAGGAAUAAAAGUGUUGGAAACAUGAAAAAAAACACAUUUUUUUCAGAGCUCCUGGGGGACAUCUUAGUAGAGAAGCCAAAGGAGACCACUGGAACAGACCGGAUCAUUGUUGUGGAUAACGUUCCAACAAUUUCACCAGACAGACUUGAAAAGCUUAAGAAUGUGAUCAGAAAGGUGUUUUCCAAGUUUGGAAAGAUUGUUACUGAGCACUAUCCUCAGGAUGAAAAUGGACAAACCAAAGGGUAAGAAAGCUAUGUACAUGUUUGAACUAUAAGAAUUAGAGAUUUAUUACCACAACAAUUUUUACUUGCUAAUUUAUACAUCAGUUUAGUAUAAAGUACAUGUACUCUGAUGAGGGCCUGUCCAUGUGCGAAUCGAAUACAUUGCAAGUACAUUGCAUGUAUGUAGCAAAUUGGGGCAGAAAAGGCAAGUCAUAAUAAACGUUUUUGUAUAGAAUACACAAAAUUUGGUUUGGUUUCCCAAACGAUGGCAUAAAACAAUAAAUGUUGGAAUAUGAUUCUGAGAACAAAUAGUCAUCAUCAACAUCAGGGCAACCUCAGCCAACCUGAUUGCCUGGCUGUCCAUUUUGUCCCAACUUUCAUUCACGGGGAUAUGUUCAGGUGCUUGAGGCUCCCUUAGCAGAUUGUCAGUAAAUGUAAUCACUGGUUGAUCAGGAAAAUACAAGAUAAGUUCAAUCUGGUUUACAUGUCUCCAAAGCUGACUUUGGUUAUAAAAGCAGUAAUUAAACUCUGAAAUGCACGUACCAUAUUUAUAGUAUGGGUAAUAUCUCUUUUCAGGUUCAUUUUCUUGGAAUUCUCCAAUGCUAAUGAUGCAGCUCAAGCAGUCAAAACUGCCAAUGGAUACAAAUUAGACAAGCAUCACAUCUUUGCUGUAAAUCAUUUUGAAGACUUUGACAAGUAAGCCUUACCGGAUUGCACUGAAUAGAUUGUUGGUCAGCUCUUACAUUAAUCUGAACAUCUGUGUUUGUCCUACUUAAAGAAGAGCUUUUGCACAAGAUACAAGUACCCAAAGCAGCAGUGCUACUGUUUGCAACACUUAUGUUUACAGCUGUAUGUUGUGGGUCAACCCUAUUCCUGGUUUUCAUUUCAUUUUCCUUUGUUUUGAAUGCAGUGCCAAAACUUCAUACUCAAAAACAAAGGAAAAUGAAAUGAAAUAUAAAAAAAAAUUUUAGUCUUUUCUUUUUCUGUUAAUUUUAUUUUGUAUGAAACACAGUGGCUCUUGUUGGAUAAAAUUAUAAGAUUAUUACUUUAACAUGUUAAGAGUUGUGCUAAUGAAAGCAUUUACCCUGUAGAUUAGUGAGUCUAACAAAAGACUGGGAACCACCUACCAAACAACCCUAUGUUGAGCAGGUAAACUACAGUUACUGCACUCCUUAUUAUGAGAUGUUAACAUGAGGUGCCAACCUCCAUACAAGCUAAUCAUCAUGUUGCACUUCUGCUGCUAAGAAAUGAAAUACAGCUACUGUGUGAAACAGUGGUAAAACCUCGUUGUCUUGUUUACAACUUAAUUUUCUUUGAAAAAAAGAUACUAUCUGUCUAUAUGUUGUGGUUCAAAUUAAUCCUUGGUUUCAAUCUUAUUUUCUUGUGUUUCAAAAUCAUUAUCAUACAUUACCAUACCCAAAAACGAAAGAAAAUAAAAUUUAAACCAAGGAUAAAAUUGGAUCACGACAUAUGGAUGAACUAAGAAGCUUAUAAAGCCAUCUUGGCAAUAGCUAUGUGAAUUCAAAAAAGCUAUACUUUAUUAGGCAAAACAACAACUUUGCAUGUACAUUCAGCUUUUUGGUGCCUUCAGUUUCUAUCACAGCACAACUUCAGUGUGAAACUUCAUUGUGUGAGGUCUUUUGGGCGACAUAAACAGACAAUGACAAAUUUUUCUUUUUCAUUCUUAGCUUUGAUUCUCGGAAAAUUUGCCUUUUUUAACAAAUCAAGCGUAUUGAAAUGAUCACAAUGAAUUUGAAAGAACACAAUUUCCCUUUAUAACUGAUGAUUUUUCAGCCAUCACUGUUGUGUUCUACCGUGUCUUUUAUUUUUACCUAGUAAUGCAUUUUUUUCUUAUGUUAUCAGGCAAACCUAAGAUCUUGGCUUUUGGAUCCAGAUUGUAAUGAUCAGUAUGUUGUGAUCCAUGGAGGAGGAGAUAAAGUUGGAAUCAUGUGGAACACACCUCAAGAACCUAUACUUUCUAGGGAAAGAAUGGUGAGUUUGAUUUCACAGUGCUGUAGCAGAAUCAGGGCUCAAUGUAAUAAACUGUUGCAAGUGUUAUUUACAAUUAUCGCUUUUCUUAGGGUCUGAAAGUAACAGCUACCCUUGUAAAUUACACUUUUUAAAUUUUUGUUAAAUUUACCCCAGCUUGUGCAGUCAUAGUUAAUAGAGGGAAUGGUUAUGAAACCCGACAAAGUUCUUUGUUGUAUGUUUUUGUUCUCUUUUUUGGCCUUGACCCUGCACAAAACACAAUAGUUGUUUACUCCGUACUGAGGAACUAACCAAUGGAACUAACCAAUAGAAACGUGCUGGUUACGUAAUUCAUGCAUAACGUAUGAACGCAAAACAAAAGAUUGUGCAGGGUCGUGGACCUUCUAACAUAAAUCUUGGCAUCUUUGUUUGCUCCUUUGAUGUUUACCGGGCUUCAUAACCAGUCACCUCCAUUAACUAUGGUGCAGUGUAGAGAACCAUAAAGACUGAGUAAGCUAAUGAUUUGCAGAUUGGUUAAGGCUGCUGUGUAUUGUUUCAACUCUUAUGGCUUAUAAGAAAAUUUAAACACAUUCUGCCGCUGCAAAUACCUAAAGAUACUGCAAAACAAGCCAAACUUGAUCCUGGCAGUAAGUGAUGAAACUCUCCUUUUGCCAGUUCUGCUGCUGAUAUAAACAAUGCUGUGAACUAGGAGAGAGCAAACUGAUUACUGCUAAGAAUUGUCACAAAGAUAAUAAUGUACUAUAAACACUAGCAGAUAAGUCACACCUCAAAUUUAGUUUUUUUUUUGGGGGGGGGGAAGCCUACCUGAGUCAGAAAGAGGUUAAACUUUUGCUCAAUGAACAUAACCUCACCUCAUAGCUGGAAUUCUUAUUUAUUCUUUAGCCUUAUGCACACACACAUUUUAAGGAAAUUCACAUGUUUUCAAGAUAUUUUACAGAUUAAUGUAAGCAAUGUCUUGGUAGGGAAAAAGGUGCACCUGUUACCUGUUACAUGCAAUUUGCUAGUUGUUUUAUGUACAUGACUUAUAAUAACCUAAACACAGGCAAAUAAGCUGCAUCAGCAAUUAAAUACUGGUACUCCAGAGGAUUCCUUCUUACUAGGUUAAACCCUGCAUGAGGGGAAAAAGAUGCUGCCUCUAAACCCUGUAAUAAUAAUUUUUUGGUAAAUCUACUGUUUUCCUUGUUAUAAGAAAUUUGUUGAACUGAUUUUUGUAUUUAUUUUGGAUUCGUGUAGAACUGGACAGAAACCUAUGUACGCUGGUCACCUAAAGGUUCAUAUUUAGCCACUUUUCAUUACCAAGGUAUAGCUCUUUGGGGAGGAGAGGAAUUUAAGAGGAUCAUGAGAUUCAGUCACCCUGGAGUUCAGCUUAUAGACUUUUCUCCUUGUGAAAGGUGAGUAUGUUAUGCAAAGAUAACAACAAUAUGUUAACACAAGGUGUAAUAAUAACAUUUCUUGAUUUCACCAUUAUUUUAUUACUCAAACCUUUAGGCUCCCAACCACAAAAAUGUUUAGUUUGGCCUGCUUUCCACACUAAAAUUGUGCUUUUGGAGUGCAUUUUGGAGGGGAGGCAGCGUGGCUGAGUGGUCAGCGCGGCUGAGUGGUCAGCGCGUCGGACUCGCAAUCUGGCAGUUGAGGGGUUUGAGUACCGCGCUGUCCACUUGCUGGAUUUGUGCUCAAUUGUCCCAAGUUCAAAUCCUCGGCCACACUUGUAAAUAGCCAACUGGUUGCCUCCUUGCCAGUUGGGGUUUUAAAAUCCUGUUAUGUUGUAUUUGAAUUAAUUGUUUUCUAAGUAUUAACUGAUUGUAAAGGGCUUCGUAUCACUAAGAGAAAGGUGCCAUAUAAGUGUAUAUCAUUGAAAAGGGUUUCCACAGUGGAAACAUGGAAAAUACUGAAAUUUGGGAAUUGCUAUGUUAAUAUAGGCUUGUAGCCAUAAUAUGACCAACAUUUAGUACUUGAUGCUUUUAAGAAAAUCUGUACUUGUAUCAGUAGAAAACCAUUAAUGGUUUUUCUUAAAGUUAUCAUAACAGUUCCUAAUUUAAUUUAUAACAGUCGCAGAUUGCACUUCUCAGAGCAUCCAUGCCCCGCAACCCCACAAGAAAGUCACAUUUGGCAUAGCAGCCCAUUAUAUCAUUCUCCACUCAGUUAUACCUCACCCACUUUAAAAUUUUCAAUGCUGCCCCUAAUUUGUCAUUGACAAAAUUAAUGCAACAAGUUUUUGUGACAUAUGUUUAAUUCUUCAGGUAUUUAGUAACAUUCAGUCCAUUAACUGACACUCCUGAUGAUCCUCAGGUAUUGCCUAGUUUUAUUUUCUUGAUGUCACUCUUAGAUCAUAUUAAUUUGUCAUUUGCAUUUGUCUUGUUCUAGUCUGUCUUGCUCUGUCAGCUGCAAAGAUCAUGGAUAUGAAAAUCAGGGUGUUCUGUUGUUAUCACUUUACACUGUAAAUCCUUUUAAUUAAUACAUGUAAUUAAUGACAGUUUUUUAACAUUCUCUUUAGGCCAUUGUUAUAUGGGAUAUAAGAACAGGGAAUAAGAAAAGAGGAUUUUUAUGUGGAGACCAGUCUCAGUGGCCAGUGUUCAAGUAAGUUAUUCUUUUGAAUUUUUAAGGCUCUUUAGGGUACAUCUUUCUUUGUAGGGGGGCAAAUGUCACGUGCAAAGUAGUAUGAUGCCCAGGUUUAUUCAGUCUAAGGGCAUUUUAAUCUUUACUGUGGAGAACUGUUUUUUUGUUCUCUCCAAUGUCUUUUCAAGUCUUACUACCCAGUAUUCCAGUGAAUCGAGUUGAGAAGAAAAACCAACAUGUACACUUGAAAAUAUAGUGCAAAGCUCUUUUUUCUGAAGUUGCCUCAUUAAGCACUGAAAAUAUUUUUAAUAAUGUUAUUGACCAUUAGUCAUUUAGAGCAGUGAGAGAACAUGCAUAUCAAUUCCUCAUUUUAAUGUUUUAUUAUACAGAAGGGUAGUCAUAGAGGAUAUUACAUGGCCAUGCGGAGAUACGAACUUUCUCUUCGAGUGUUGAAAAAUAUUUCACGGGUGAGCGCAGUGAAUGAGUGAAAUAUUUUUUCUACACGAAAAAAGAAAUUUUGUAUCUCCAAGCGGCCGUGUAAUGUUCUAUUUAUUAUAUAAACACCAAUGAAAUACAAAACCAUUUCACUCUAAUAGUUUAUUGGUGUGAAAGGUGCCAUGAAGCCAUAGCAAUGGUGAUAUUUUCAGGUGUGAAGAUAACAUGUUAUUGUCACAUGUGAAGAUACCAAGUUUUUGCACGAAAGCUCACUUGGUAUUUCAUUGGUGUUUAUAUAAUAAGUAAUAAUACAGCAGUAAGUGAAUACUUAUGUGUUAAAAAGUUGUACAUUUAAUAAUGAUAAUGAUCGUCACAACAAAAAUAUUAUUUUGUUUUCGUAGGUGGAGUGCCAAGGGCAAGUACUUUGGACGCCUAGGAGAGGACAGCAUUAGUAUAUAUGAAACUCCAGUAAGUUGCUGGAUUGUUAUUAAUUUAACUAGUUUUUUCUUAUUAUUGGCUGACUUUGGUUUCUCUCUGCCCCAUUUGAUUCAGUGGAGGAAUGAAGAAUGAAGCUUUAUAUAAUCUUUGGUUUGAUGAGGUUGGUUAGACCUCUAGCAAAAAAACUAUGCUAAUAAGCCGAGAGAAAAAGGAAAGGGGCAUUAUUAAAACUAACAUUUUAUAGGCUAUUUGGAUUAUUUAGACUGUUCACAGUCCUAUUUUUCUGUGAGAUCGUCGAGAUACUGUAUAGCCCGUCUUACUGUUAAUGGUGGCCAUCAUGAAUUUCAAAUGUAUAUGUACCAAGGGGGCGGGCGUCGGGGAUUAUAGCUCUAGGGGAAGGGGGGUGAGAAAAAUAUAGGGACUGUAAUAAAAUCACUGCAGCUUGCAUUCACAGAGUGAUUGUACCAGCAAUGCAGGAGUUUGAUUGGUCAUUAGACAGUAAAUGUUAAUUUGCGUUGACAACGGGUUUAGUUUAAGUUGCUGACACUGACAAGUCAUUGAAAAGUCAUUGUUUCUAUAGAACGUACGAUUUUAUAAUACUGCCAUAAGGCACAUCUUGAGCAAACACACAAAGGAUUUUUGGUAUUUUGUGGAUGAAUCACAUAAGCCAGCAUGCUUUUGAAGCAGCCUGGCAAGGGGAAUGUUGUAACUCAACCCUACGCUGACGCAAAAAAAGACGACCUGUCAGAAAUGCCUGGCUUUUUAUCGGGAGGUUUAACCAUUUUAAUCAGUGGUGAAGCGAGCAUGCUUAGCACUUUGAUUAUGAAAAUGUUUCACCUGUGAAUGUUUGACAAUUUUAUUUUGAGGAAUGGCCCAGAAACUGUAUAAAAUCACUGCUUUGAAAGGAGGUAUUUGUAAACACGCAAAAUCAAUGCUAAACGUGUCUGGCGUGUUUUUCAUAGCCUGCAGAGUUUCUUAAUUAAUGAAUGGUAAAAGGCGUGAAAUUCCUGUCACGCCUCCUGAACACAAGCUGCAGUGAUGUUAUUACAGUACCUCUAUUUUUCUCGCUUCCUCCCAAACAACCCCCCAUAGCCCCUAAGUAGUAUUGACACUCAUGCCGAAGAUGGCAGCCCGUAACGCAAAGCGCUCGAUCUCAACGAUCUUACGGAAAAAUAGAGGACUAUGAACAGUCUAGGAUUAUUUCACUUAAAAUUUUUUUCUCUUAAAAGAUUUUUUAUUUACUUAAUUAUUUUUUGUAGUCUUUUGGUCUCUUGGAAAAGAAAAGUUUAAAGAUCCAAGAUGUUAGGUGAGUAUUACACCUCAAUCAGUUUGGUAGUUAAGGAUGGAUAUUUAUUAAUUUUAUCUAAGCUCUACAGCUUUGAUAUUAGACUGAAUAGUCAUCAUAAUAGUUGAGUUUGCAAGAAGACAGGAAUUGACAGAGAAUGAACAACAAAAACAACAACAGCAAAAAGCUUCACAUUAUCUUUCAGCCAAACAAAAAUUCCUUCUCGUCUGGAAUAGUUGUAUUAAUUUCAUUAAGUUGCUUCUGGUAAUCAACUUUUGAAAUACACACUUGGAUAGGCCUUUGAUUUGGAUUAUGACUCUAAUUACUGUUUAUCAUGAUGGUCUUUGGUUUUACCUGAAGGCUUUUGAAAAUUGUACCAGAUUUAAUGGCUGAUGACUAAUGGAAUGAUUCAAGGUUAGCUUAGGUGUACAUGUUUAUUGCUUUGUUUUUACCAGGGAUUUUGCCUGGUCACCAUCCGAUGACAUGAUAGCUUUUUGGGUUCCUGAGAAUAAAGACACUCCAGCCCGCGUAACACUCAUGGAGAUUCCUAGUAGGAAAGAAAUCAGAGUUAAAAAUCUAUUUAAUGUCUCUGAGGUAAAAUUCUCUUAUUUUAUAUUCAUUAUUAUUUUUUAUUAACAUUAUUGUUAUUACCAUUAUUGUUUUUGUUAUUUUUAUUUAUGACAUUUGCAGUUGAGAUUAGUACUUAUGGUGACCUGGUCAGAAAUGCAUCCUUUCUAAAAGAAAAAUAUAUUUUUGCCACCCUUAGAAUGGUUAACUUAUGUGUUAAGUAGAUUUUUAUGUUGUGUCUUACUGUGUUUUGCUUAUGUUAUCAGUGUAAAGUGUUCUGGCAUCAAAAAGGAGAUUACCUUGCUGUAAAGGUGGACAGGUACACCAAAAGCAAAAAGGUAAGAGACUAGUUUCUGACAAACACUGACAUUUUGCCGCUCAUGUGGAAAUUACAGCAAGAUACUGCAGCUGGUGAAACUCUACGUUGAAAUAAUUAUUUUAAAUUUUUGUACUCCUGCAUUGUUUUUGUGACCAGGUCUACAAUGUUGCUGUAUUUGUUGACAAAAAACAAGUGAAAUUAAUUAAAUGCUGGUUCCCUAAUCACUCUACUGCUGGUUAUAGAAAUUUAUGAAAUACCUUUUAGAGCUCUAAUCAGUAACAUAAUGAUGAAAGAAUAUCCAUAAAACUGGCAGUAAGUGAUGAAACUCUCCUUUUGCCAGUUCUGCUGCUGACAUUAAAAGUGCUGAGAACUGGGAGAGAGUAAACUGAUUUCUGCUAUGUUUAUUUUGUCUUUAGCGUGGUUCAGACAAUCUUGAAAAGGUCUUGAAUUUUAGUAGUCAUCUUGAGAAGUACUUGAUUUCUUUCUAAGGUCUUGAAAAGUCCUUGAAAUUCACUACCUUGUCUACACCUGACACAAUUUUCUGUAUAAUUAGUUUUUUUUUCACUGAGGAAAAUUUGGCUCAUCCUCGGUGUGAGAACCUGUAAAACUCACGGGUAACGUAAAAACAUUUUUGUGCAUGAACAAUAUUUUACUACUGUUUCUUUAUUUCAAAUUAUUUUUGUGCCUAAGAUGCAAUUGCAAGUCAUUUUGCAGAGUGUUGUCGCGGAAAGUAAAAAAUAAUGUGAUCAACUGUGGCUGAAGAACUAAAAGUUGCAAAUGACUCCAUGACUUGUUUUAGCCAUUCAUGAGGUGUUCAAAAGGGGAUUAAAGAACACUGAAUUUUAAAUUCUGAGUAAAUCUUAGUCCUUAAAAACUGCAAUUUGUCCUUGAAAAAUCCUUGAAAUGUGUUUGUGUGAAGUUGUACGAACCAUGUUUAGGAAAGUUCUUUUCAGACUAGGAUCACAAAAAUUUGCCCUCAGAUACAAAUAAGCCUGCAACCUGGAGUAGUUUUACCUAGAGAAUUAAGUGUACUUGUUGUAAUAUACCCUUGAAUUAUGCUUACAGGGUCUGUACUACAACCUUGAAUUGUUCCGUGUGCGUGAGAGGCAGAUUCCAGUGGAUGUUGUAGAAAUGAAAGGUUGGUAAAUUCAGAUUUUAAUGCAUGCAUUGUUGGAUCCUUCAAAGUUAUUUAUUGUAAGAUAGUUGUUAAAAAAACAAUAUCAUUUAGUGAAAAUGUUGUGUUAAUACAGGGUGUGCGGGUCAGUAUUUCUAUGUGAAACCUGAACAAUGCAAUAUUAAAUAUUAUUAUUAUUAUCAUUAUUAUUAUUACAGUAGUUGCUUUAUUGAAGAGGGUGAUCUGUAUGAAACAAUUUCAGGCAAAGUUCAACAAGGACUUAAUUGAAUUAAGGGAAUACAUUGUACUUAAAGAGAGUGAAUUAGCCUUGCUGCCAUGGGUUUGCUAAUACAUUGGCAUUGUACUAUGGCACUUUCUCUGAUUUACAAGUUGUAUAAUUAAUGGUCUUACACUUUCAUACAUCUCAGAACUUUUUAGGCCACUCAUUGCUCAUUAUAAUUUAAGUAGCAGUAGUAAUACAUGCAAAAAUUUGCAAUUCACAUAAAAGAAUAGUUACUUGCAUAAUAGUACUUUAAACACUCCCACGUUGUCAGCCUCAAAUAUGUUAUUAGUUGUUAUUAUCAUAUCAGGUAGCUCACUUAACCUGUGUAAAGUAAUGGUGGGCAUUUUGGCGUUUGUUCCCUCUCAUUUCUCAGCCACACCCCCAACUUCCCCUCCUCAUCAACACCACUUUACUUGAUCAGUUGUAGUGAUGGUGUUUUGGUUUUGGGAAGGGAGAGAAAUGUUAACAUGGUCUUCAGUGUCAGCUGUUUAAUAAGUGCUGAUACUGUCGUAAAAGUUAACUACAUUAUAUUAUAUUAUUUGAGGGUAAUUUUUGACUUGUAGGUGACUCAUCUCACACUCAUUUCUUGUCUGUUCUUUUAACAUGAAUACAAAUCUUUAGGAUCCUAAGUCAAGUUGUUUUAUAAUAGUAAUAAUAAUAGUAAUAGUAAUGAUAAUAAAAACUUUAUUUAAGUCUCGAGCUUCUAGCUUAGCAAAAGUGCUGAAACUAAUCGGGAAGACGUACCUUAAAAAAAAAUUAAAAUAAAUAUCAAUAUAUGGAGACUAAUGAAUUAAAAUAGCUAUAAAUAAAACCUAAUAUAUUCUCUACAUUUGUCUUAUAGAGACAUAACAAAAAAAUUAAAAUGAAAAUAAAUAACGAUAGAUAGAAUCUAAUGAAUCAAAAUAACUAUAACUAUAGAAAGAGCCUAAUAUAUGUAUUAAGACCUACAUUACGUUAGUAUUAAGCACUGCAUAAAAUACAAUUCUUACAAUUAUUAUUAAAUGUGGGAAAUGUUUAAUGUUUGAAAGCCAGUUAGCUCUUAUCCUUGGUUAACUGCCAAAAGGACAUAUAAGUUGUCAUGGUAACAGGAUUAGCACUAAUUGUCUUUUGACCAACCAGGCCAUGGUAGAUAAGUGAUCUCCUGCUAGACAACUCAGUUCAAAAUUUAUUGUUGAACUGAUGCUGAUAGUGUGCCAGCUGCUGAAAUAACUUUUUGUCGUGUUUGGUACUCUCCCACUUACAGAAGCUGUUACUGCUUUUUCAUGGGAGCCUGGCGGCAGCAAAUUUGCUAUAAUCCACGGUGAAAGUCCCAGAAUAUCAGCCAGUUUCUACAAUAUGGAGGAGAAAGGCAAAGUUACGCUUUUAAGUGAGUAUUACAUUUUCUGAUAUUAAAAAUGCAUAUGGUGGUUACACAAUAAUAUUAUGCCUUUAACAAACUUUUAAUCAUUCUUGUUUUGCUCACUUACUUUUUGGUUUAUUUGGCAAAGUAACAGUGUUCCAGUGGUGCAACAAUGUUUAUGUGCUCUACAGAUUAUCCCUCUGUUUUUCUUUUUUUUUUCCCCAAAAUUUGUCAAUUUUCCUGUGUAGCCACUAGACAGUUUGACCUUUUUCAAUGCAGUGGUUACAAUAAUUCUAGAAUGUAAGCAAAUGAUGAAAUUCUCCUAAAGCCAGUUCUGCUACUGAAGUUAAGUGUUGAGAACUGGGAGAGAACCAAACUGAUGCUUAAAUGUAAUACAACAGCUUGACCGUAAGCAAGUGUUGUCAGCAGCAGUAGUACCAGUAAACAGCUGGUCAAACCUUUUACCCUAGCGGUAGUCAAUUAUGAAGACUUGCAUUUCCAUACUAACUUUGAAGUGUGUGGGAUGUUAUCCUAUGUUGUGACCAUUCAAAUGAGCCUCUUCAGCAGUACUGUGAUGUGUUACUAACGUAAUUCAUCUCCCAUGAAAUUAAUAGGUAAUCAAAUGGUAUACUCGUGAAUUUAGAGAAUAAUUUCACUUUCGUUUUGUAAUAGGAUUUGGACAAAACGCGCGUGAAAUUAUUCCCUGAUUUAACUCCCCGGAUUACACAUACGUAUAUUUUCAGAAAGUUGAAAACGGAUAUUAGGGAAUUUUGUUGAGUUUCCAAUGUUAUGAAAUUUUAGGUUUAUGAGAAUGAAGGACACAAUUUUGAGAAUUUUGAAAAUUUCGCCUUUGACUAAUGUGCAUGGCAACUUGCUUUGUAUUUGUUUGCAGAAACAUUUGAGAAGAAACAAGUCAAUAGUAUAUUCUGGUCACCUACUGGACAAUUUUGCAUUCUAGCUGGUCUUAGAAAGUAAGUUCGAGGGUAGUAAAUCCAAAGAAGUAACCAGUGAAGACAUUAAAAAGCUCAGUAUUAAAAAGAUCACAAGUUCUAAUUUAUUUUAUUUUGCUGGUUGCUUCUUCUUUGAGAUGGGGAGGGAAUUCAAGAAAAACAACCUUUCAUUGGUCCUUUUUAAUCGCCUUAAAAUCUUACACAUUAUACCGGUAGGUCUAAUUAGCAAAAAGGAAAACAACUUGGCAUGUGCAGCACACUUUUUUGUACAUUUCUUUGACAUUGUUUCGCACAACUAUAACGUGAAAAUUCCUAAUUACACAUCUUACAUGUAUGUAGGAAAUGUCGUAUGUGCUCACCAAAAGUUUUGUUGCUUGUGUUCUUGUUCGCUUUUUUUUUCCCUGCCGCUCAUUUUCACCUUGGAGGCCGCUAACAUUUCUCUUUUUUUCACCGCCAAUUUUCAUGUUUUUCUUCCAACGAAAUUUGUCUCCUUUCUCGGAUUUAUAGAUAACUAAAUUUUCUUACCCGUGGUGAUCCGCUAUUAAAAAAAGUCAGGCUUCUUGAAAUUCGAAACUUGAUUCUCGUGUCUCGAAACUCGAUUUGUUCGAGUUUCGAGACUCCAGCAUCGAGUCCCAAGUCUCUUUUAAGCGGUUCCGUAGGAUUUGCCGACCAGUUUUAGUUGUAACUAAACCUACCUGAGUGAAGCAUACUAAUUUCUGCUGCUUUUAUUACAGGUGAAAACGAAUUAGGCAACUUAACCUUUUGCUACCUACUGUACACAUUUAAAGGAAAUUACAUGAUUGCUAAAUUAAUAAUAAUAAUAAUAAAAAAGGUACAACGACAUUGAAUUUUGAAUCACUGAAUUAUUUUCCUCUUUUGUCGUUUUUUUGUCAAAAAUUUCUCAUUUGAGGGCGUUAGAGAACAGCUAAGAAAUUUUUUCUCUAGACCUGGGAUCGUAACACAAUGUUCUCAAUCUGCUGCUAAUGAAAACUAAACUGUCCUUCAGCUCUCACGCUAAGACUUAACAAACUGAUUUUCAUGAUUUUAGUCAGUUUGGAUAAAAUAGGCCCUAUGCAGCUAGCCAUUCACGUGGUACAAAACCGCCACGCUGGAGAGCAAAAGUCGCACUGGGACAUACAAGACAUACAUGAUUUGAAAUGGUAAUUUUCUUUGUUUGUCUUGUCCCAGUGCGACUUUUGCUCUCCAGCACGGCGGUUUUGUACCACGUGAAUGGCUAGCUGCAAAGGGCCUAUAGGGACAGUAAAGAGAAGUGUGACGUCACAUUACCAUAGUAGCAAAAUUUCAGGAUCUUAAUAGUCUUUCUUAACAGAGAAGGCCACUUGAUUAGUCGACCAAUGGAAGGCAAGACGAAGUAUGGGCUUGCUACCGUUUUGUUUCUCAGUGCAAGCGUGCACGGGAAAGUCAUACAUGUCAAUUUUUCCGUUUUCUUCGGCCAGAUUUGUAGGACCACGGUUUGUUGGGAUCCAAAAAUUUUGCUACCAUGGCAACGUGACGUAACUUCUUUCUCUAUGGUGUAAUUAUUGUUUUUAUUAGUGAUGUUUGUAUGUGUGCUCGUAUUUUGCAGCAUGAAUGGUGUUUUAGAAUUCUAUGACACUGCUGAUGUUGUGUGCAUGAACCAGGCAGAACACUUUAUGGCAACUGACGUGGAGUGGGACCCAACUGGCCGAUUUGUUGCUACAUCCGUCAGCUGGUGGGCACAUAAGGUAGAAUUUCGACUCUCUAUUAGUCUAGUAAAGCAGCUUCCCACAACUUUAAGUUCUAGAAGCUGUGUCAGACUUGUCACUGUUCGACUAAUAUGAACAAUCUGAUUGAAAUGUUCUCGUUUUCUAUUCAGUGUUGUUAAUGGCCCCUGUAAUUCCUUGUGGUCUUGAGUCCUAUCAUACCCUCCUAACCAACACCAGUUCACAUGUUUUGAACAAUUGUAAAACUGGUGGCUCUGUUGCAGAGGAGGAAAAACAAUGUAAACAUGGUCUUCAGUGUCGACUGCCUUUUUAAUUGCUGAUACUAAAGUUUACGUUUGCAACAUUCACCUCGGAAGUAACUCACUGGUGCUGCGCUACCACGCACCCAGAGUCAGGCUUUUCUCUCACUAUAUAAAUUUGACACAAAGAGUUGGCUACAUGUGGCUUCGCCCGCUGUUUUCUUCUCCCCAUGGUGCGGGCUUGGAUUAGGAUGUAACAGGCCAGCUUUGAAUUAUCAAGAUUCGUACUUGACUCCGAGGCUGAGUUGUAUAAUGCAGAAGAAUUGAAUCGUAAAUCCUUGAAUCUCAAUGUGAUUUCUUUUAAUUUAUUCCCCUCCGCCUCGUAGCCAAGUAUAAAUUAUAAUUAAUUUAUAACAGGCCCAUAGAGAGGAAAAGUGUGACGUCACGUAACCAUGGUAGCAAAAUUUCUGGGUCACAAAAUAGGGAGCUUAAGCUUCAACGACGGCUACGGCAACGAGAAAGGCAAAAACGCAAUAGGUUUAUAUUAGCACAACAUCAUCUUGCAGGUGCAUCACUCUUUUCAUGUCUUAGCCGUGGUUGCACGUCUGCAACAUGAAACUUCCAAACUUCACUCGCCCGCUUCUUGGAGUGCGUGAACAUAACAAAAAUUUCCUGUUUCUUUUCUAAACCUUAAAUACGGUCCUUUCGGAUUCAACCACUGAAAAUUUCGCCAACAUUUGACAAAUUAAACAAAAGUGAAUAAGAUCGAUGAGGUUGGAACAGUGCGAUUUCCUUUUUAAAGUGAUGUUUUCGGUUUUUUGUCAGUCUAGAAAUUUUGCUACGAUGGCAACGUGACGUAACGACUUCUCCUUUCUAUUGUAGCUUGUGUCAGGCUCUCAGAUAGGUCGCGAAAACUAGCUUCAGUUUUCACAAUCUUUACCUUGAGGGAUGUUGAAAAGCUAUUCCUAAGAAUCUCAAUAUUGAGAUUCGAAGGAAACAAAAUAAACUGUUUUUCUCCGAGGGACCAGUCUUCAAGCGAUUUGUUAUAUAACCCACGGAGAAGAACUUUUUCGUGUACAAAUUUAUAAUAAAUCUCGCGAGCGGUCAACGUUCGCGGGUAAGUGGGUAACAGUGCCUUGUUACCCUCUGACGUCAUAGAUUUUGCAGUGUUGCCCGCUCAGAGAUUUUGGCGGGAAACAGUUUCAUUGUUAGAUGUCAUGUGACCUCAAAAUAACCAAUGAGAGCGCGCGCUGUUGGGAAAAAACUUCCAGCUACAUAACAAAACAAAAUUAACUGUUUCCCAAGUAACCAGUAGUCAUUAAGUGUUUAUUUUUAGCUGCACUCAUGAUUUUCUUGCAUUUUUGUAUUUUCUUUGUAGGUGGAUAAUGGUUAUUAUAUCUGGUCAUUUCAAGGAAAGCUUCUCCAGCGUCAUGCUUUAGAUCAGUUUUGUUCGUUGCUAUGGAGACCCAGACCUCCUACCCUGCUGACGGAAGCUGAUAUUAAGGUAAGGUACUGGUGAUGAACCUGACUGUGCUCAAUGCUGCCUGGUAAACCAGCUUCACUUUGCAGCUGUGAAGGUUCUCUGCUUUCUUUGUGCCAUUUCUUUUGUCUAGAUCGGUGACUUUGAAUUAAAACAUCCUUUUCCUGCUGAUACAUCUUCCUCUAUAGUCUUUGUGAAAAGCUUCCUUAUGCCAAGAACGAGUCAACCAGGAAUUUGCAGUGGUGGUACACGUUGGUUUCUUAACCCUUUCGCUGCUGGGAAUUUUGCUGAAAAACGCGAUUUGAAGCUAGUUGAGCCCGUUUUUGGCCACUGUCUGGUUAUAAAGACCACAAAGCCGUUUACAGGUCGUACACUUCGCGGCCUUCUGAUCUAGAUGUAAAAUAUCAGCUUCCGAGGUUCGGGCGUGCGCAGAAAGGGUGACACAGCAGUCUUGACUUUUUCUUUUCGCUUUCUCUCCUCUCCUCCCCUCUUCUUUGGCUUUUCUUGCCUCAAUGGGGCGAAUUGGUUGAAUUAGGUUUACGGAAUCUUUCAGUUCGUUUUAGCAAUAUUUCUGGGUAUAAUAUGGUAUACUAUGCUUCUUUCAUUCUGGGGUAUAUUGAAGAAAUUUUGGUUGAAUUUGAGGAGGGGGGAGACUAUUGGCUUUUUUUUAGACUAAGAGCUAAGAGCAUAUUUAUUCAGUUAUACAAACUACUAAUUCUUACGUAAAACUGAAAAGUGCAUAUAUGUUAACAGUAAUGGAAAGUAACGUAUGCUCUAUUUCAGAAUAUCAAGAAGGACAUCAAGAAAUUCCAGCGCAUGUUUGAGAUCAAGGAUCGAAUGAGCCAGUCUCGAGCAUCCAAGGUGAGCCUAUUGACGCUUUGAAGUUGAAAAAUGUGCAUCUGUGUUGUGGGCUUUUAAUCAAAGUGAUCACACAAAGGCGCAAUACAUAUUGGUAAAACUUGCGAAGUUGUCGUGAAAUUGUAACAACAAGUGUAAGAAUUUAGCAAAUCUAUAGAAGUUUAUCAACAUACAAAUUUUACUAUUUUGAGAAAGCAACUGUGACUUUUCUUGCUAACUAAGACUAAAUCGUGGACCUGCCAAUCACCAGAGACAGUAAAUCAAAUAAACCAAUCAGAGCUCGAAGCAGUACUGGUGAACGGCAAGCUCCGAAAUACAAACACUUUGGUUUCAAUUCCGCUUCUGAUUGUCAAGAAAAUGGCGGAAGGAUUUUAACAAUGCGUGAGCAAUGACAAACCGAAGAAGUAGAAAAAUUAUUGUCAGCAUGUUAUAGACACUCCUCUCUCCUAAGAAAUUACUGUUUUAAUGUAACCUCCUUCUUGGCAUCUUUGCAUGGCAUGUUUUGGAUGUCGGUUGCAAACGGUGUAUGUGUGGAGGAAGAGUUCGGCGUGGUCGUCUUCAGAACUGAAGCUGAUAGAUGCUUUCGUUCUUCCUAAAACCGCGCUACAUGUGAAUAAAUAAGAAUAGAGAUUUGACUGUUGGGACAUUGUAUUACAAAAAAAAUUCUUCAAAACGAGGCUGCGAAUAGCAGCAAAUGUCAUCACUGAUUAAGAGACCCGGAUGAGUUCCAAAAGCUCUGCGUAACUUUCAGAAAAUUGCAAGGUGUUGAAGAAUAUUUUUCUGUUAUAUUUGACUUUCUUUGUGUAGGAAACGUCAACCGAUAGUGCAUACGGGGCGUCUUAAAGACAAGAAAUAGAAAAAAGUUGUUUAGUUUCGUAUUGUGCAUACAAUAUUUUAUGUUUUUACCUUUAGGAGCUGAUUGAGAGGCGGCGACGAAAGAUGAAAGAUUAUCAGGGCUACAGACAGAAGAAGAACAUGGAGUUUACGCAGCAGAAGGCGCUGCGCUUGGAAUUACGAAAUGGUAAGUGGAAAAAUGCUGGUAUCAUGUGUCAUGUAAAUCAUAAGUUAUAAGUAAUUUUUUGCUUGGAAAUGGGCCGUGUCGAACGCUCCGAGCCCUGGACUUGCAAUCCCAUGUCUCGUGUGGCCGUGUUCAUGUUCAGCCUGGGCCUAGUAACAUUAAAAGUAACGGUAGACCUAGCAGCCAACGUCCGACACUUUCCUCAUUCAAACUCUUUAUUUUAACACCCGAAAGUAGUGGUUUAAUACGUCUUAAGAUUUGUUUGUUUAUAUCCAACCGGUUGGUAUCCUGUCAGUUAGGAUUUUUAGGUGUGAGUUAUUUGUUUCAGUUACCCCGUGAAGCUCUUAAAGAGGAGAGGAUAUUGAAGUAUUUGUUUGUUUGUUUUUUCCUGUUAGGUAUUGACACGGAUGAGUUGGACAGUAAUGCAGAUGAGUUUGAGGACGAGUCGGUGGAGUUCUUUAUCAAAGAAGAGACCACCGAAGUUGAGGAGUAGUUCAUAUUUGUUUGACGUCAUUUUCCCGAAAGAGAGCGCCACAGUCCCAACAAGUGAAAAGAAAACAAGUUAUUUGAUUCGAAAUAUUCCUGUCUUGUUCAGACAAACUGAGUGCUUUAGACUGAUUCUAAUAGGCACUUGGUAUCAUACAAGUUUAACACAAAAGGUUCUGAUUUAGUGUUUGCUCUGUAGUGUGUAGUAGUUCUAUAAUAGCCAAUUUUCUCUGUGAUAGAUCUGACCAGUGAUUGUAGCCUUUUAACUAUAGUUGUGUAGAAAUGAGUAGUACAAAAAGCUGUUGGUUUGUACCAAAACGCGAGUUCCUUUUGAGGAUCUCGCACUGUUUAAUCAAAAUUUUAAUUCCCAACAUCCAUUAUAAAAUCAACCUUUCUGCUCGUCAUAGGAAAUUAAAAUGGAAUAUUGUCUGUUC